AUGCCGACAUGUGGGGAGGAUGCUGGCGACAUCGUGGCUGCAAGAGGCAAGCCGGCGAUCGGCAAUACGAAGUAUGUCAGGCGUGGUAACCAUUCCUGGGCUGGCAUCACCUUCGGAAAGGUUGUAUACGGCGUGGACAAGGUUCUAACCUCCCCUUGCUUGGAGGAGUUCCAAUACAAGUUCCCAGACGCCGACCUGUCAAAGUGGGAGCCAAGCGAAGACAGCCCUACUCAGUCCUUACUGAGCAACGCGACGCAAACGGGACGGGUAUCAGAGGAAGUUAAACUCAAACUCCAAGCAAAGUACCCGACUACCGACGUCGCGACAAAGUCGAAAAAGCGUCAGCAGACCCAACAGAAGACGGGCUCAACCAAGAGACAUAAACUCACCGGAAGCAGGACGUCAUCUUCGAUACGUAUUUCAGGAUAUCAAGAGCAGCGUCAAGGAAGUGCAUACAAUGCAGAGACAGAUCGACGACAAGGGGGCACCACAAACGGCAAGCUUGACAAGCUUAGCGAAACAAUGCUAAAACUUGUCAAUGUUGUUUCAGACCCAGCUCGAAAGGACGACGACGUCGCAACUAUUAACGUACAGUGUAUGAACCGCGUCAUUGAAGACUUCAAGGAACGGAUUGAAGGGCUGGAGGUGGAGGCACAACAACGUUGUGAUCUGAGGAACAGCAACGUCGUUAUAUGGCUUGAUUGA